CCAGUUGUGAAUGACCAUGACCAUACAUUUGGGCCGAGGGAAUUGAACGUGCGUAAACACAACGGCUUUUGUUUGUACCUACCUUACUUACCUUACCUACCUAGUGAUAUACACCGCGUGCCGUCAGCAAAAUUAAAACACGAAAGCACUUCCUCCUGCCUUUGGACUUGGUUCCAAAUCGGAUGAAUCGCAAUCUGUAUACACUACAGUAGUUGCCGCUAUGGUCCUUACUAACUGCUAGACUACCUAGUUGGCUCACCUUACCCCAGACGACCGGGACAAGGCGACUCUCGGCUCAAAGUCUCCUUUUACAUUUGUCUAUCGCCAUCCCGUCUACCUUUGUCUCAUUGUUUGCCGCCCAAUCUCGAACAAAAACGACGCCGGCUGAUGAUCCGAACGUCCCCGCCGAUCUUGACUCGCCCACACAGAUCACAAUUGCACUUGCAAUCGCUCGCACGCUAGACCUAGACCUCCCUUCCCCCACGUACUCAGACGACAGCGGAUCCGGUCGGAAAGUUCACAAUGGCAGCGCAGUCCAAGCCCAUGCGGCCUGGACCGGCGGCAGCCUCGGCGCUGACGACGGCCCGCGCCGUUGUUGCUCAGCUCACCCAACACUACCUCGCCCACCGCACGCAGGUCUCCCGCGCCGUAUACCUCACCCUGAUAGUCGCCCUCAUACACCGCGUCCGCGCCGCCGUCGCCGAGCAAAAGGCGGCCUCGCAGCGCGAACGGGCCGCGCGGGCCGAGCAGGGUGGUACGUCCAAGGCGCUGGGCGCAGAAGGCGGCGCCGACGAGGACGACGACGAUGCCGCGGUGGCCAGUUCUAGCGGCGGCUCCAAGGGCAAGAAGAAGCGGAAGAAGGUGGAGCUGAACCGCGAGUUCUUCCGCUCCCUGCUCAAGCUGGUCCGGAUAUGUGUUCCCGGGUGGAGGAGCAAGGAGACGAGGUUGCUCAUCAGCCACAGCUUCUUCCUGGUGGUGCGCACAUUGAUCAGUCUCAAGGUUGCCGCCAUGGAUGGUGCCAUCGUGAAGAGUCUCGUCAAGGGCAACGGCAAGGAGUUCCUCAAGCGCAUUGUCUGGUGGAUGCUGAUUGCUGUCCCAGCAACCUUUACUAAUUCCAUGCUGUCUUACCACCAAGCGGAGCUGUCGCUGAAGUACCGCACAAGGUUAACGCAACAUAUACAUGACAAAUAUCUUUCAAAACUCACAUUCUACGGCAUCUCGGCCCUGGACGACAGGAUAAAGAACCCAGACCAGCUGAUUGCUGUAGAUGUCGCCAAAUUCUCAAACAGCUUAGCGGAAGUGUACAGCAACCUGGCCAAGCCAUUGCUGGAUAUGACUAUUUACACACACUCUUUGUCAAAAAGCGUCGGAGGCGAGGGUGUAGUUUUCAUGUCAUUACUUGUGCAACUCUCAGCCAACGUUAUGCGAGCAUUGACACCACCAUUCGGUAAAUAUGUUGCGGACGAGGCCAGGUUAGAAGGUGAAUUCCGCUUUCAACAUUCUCGUCUCAUAGAUCAUGCCGAGGAGGUGGCACUUUACCACGGCCACGAGGCUGAGAAGAACACCCUCGACAAGGGUUACUUUACGCUCAUCAAGCACGUCAACUAUAUUCUCCGCCGCCGCUUCUACCACGGAUUCAUGGAGGACUUUGUCAUCAAGUACUUUUGGGGCGCCCUCGGUCUACUACUCUGCUCAGUCCCGGUGUUCGUCAAGCUUCCGGGACAUAUCUCCAUGAACAUGGGCGACAGGACCGAAAGCUUCGUAACAAACAGGCGCAUGCUUCUGUCCGCCUCCGAUGCGUUUGGGCGUAUCAUGUUUUCAUACCGUGAGAUCAUGGAGUUGGCUGGUUAUACUUCACGUGUAGCCUCCUUGCUCGAUGUCAUGGAUGACAUCCAGGCCGGCCGUUUCGAGAAGAAACUGGUAUCUGCCACAGGUAUCGAAGAUAACGCCGCUGUGCUCAAGGGUCGUGGUAAGGUCGUGGAGAGUGAGGACAUUGAGUUCAUUGAUGUGCCAAUCAUCUCCCCCAACGGUGACGUGCUCGUCAAGGCCCUCUCCUUUUCGCUCAAGCAAGGUGACCACCUGCUCGUUGUCGGUCCCAAUGGGUGUGGAAAGUCAUCCCUCUUCCGUAUCCUGGGCGGUCUCUGGCCUGUCUACGGUGGCACCGUGUACAAGCCACCGUUCACUUCAAUUUUCUACAUCCCGCAGAGACCCUAUCUUUCCCGCGGUUCGUUGAGGCAACAGAUCACAUACCCAGACGGUCUGCGCACAGUGAGGGCGAAGGGAGUCUCGGACGCAGAUCUACUUGAGGUCCUCAAGAUCCUUAACCUUGAGCACCUUGUCGACCUGUACCCCGAGGGUUGGGACGCCGAGGCCGAGUGGCGCGACGUGCUCAGUGGCGGCUUGCAGCAGCGCGUGGCCAUGGCGCGCCUCUUCUACCACCGGCCGCGGUACGCCAUCUUGGACGAGUGCACAUCGAGCGUCACGCUCGAGACGGAAAAGGUCAUGUACGAUAACGCCAAGGCCCUGGGCGUCACUCUCAUGACGGUCAGUCACCGGAGGAGUCUGUGGAAGUACCACAGCCGCAUUCUGCAGUUUGACGGCCAGGGCAACUACAUCUUCACCAAGCUGGACGCAGAGACGAGGCUGAAGCUGGAGGACGAGAGGGACGACUUGGAGGCCAAGCUUAGGCAGGUGCCUGAGAUCGAAAGGAGAAUUGCCGAGUUGACUGCUGCUUGAAAGCUUAUGAUUUAGUUGUCGGCUAGGCUAGUUUCUUGUGUCCUUUUUUUCGUCAGUCAACUCGGCGUGGCAAAAGGGGUUGUGUUAACGUGAUGAGCGUUUAUGCGGGGUUGUUUUGGACAUGUAUACCGUGAUGGAUAGCAGGUGUAAAUCAAUAUUUUUUAUUUUACCUUUCUAAAGUUGUGCUGUUGGCCUAUAUGCUAUGCAUUGGCUGCUAAUUUUAGUCCGA